AUGGAGCCUAUCCCACCGAAUAUCAAGUUCGCGCCCGCCGUUCCGUUUCCAGACCCAUUUGUGCCUGAGAAUCGCAUCAAGCAGCUGCGCCAAUACCUCGAUGAGAAAAAUGAUUCGUAUCAGCUAGCUGGGCAACAAGCAAAUAUCGCCACCAUUGUUCCCGAGGAUGAAGCCUACAAGCGCCAUGGACAUGUGUGGAUCGAGCAAGGGAUCGCCUACCAAAUGAGCGCCAAGUGUGCAUACGGGAAUGGGACCUUUGGUCCAAAGCGGCAUGAGUAG